CUGGGACUUUUAGUUCUAAAUGGCGGGCUGUUUUGUUGAAAACAUAACGAAGAAAACUAGUAGAUACGUGCCAGCUUUUUAAAAAAUAUUUUUUUCCAAUUUAGCACACUUUAUGUUUUAUUUGUGUUUAUUUGAGGUAUAAUUGCACGUAUGAAGCCGUGGUAUUGCAAAAAAGCUGGUUCGAUUCGGUGGAAAAUAAACAGGAAGUUGUUAGCAAUUGUGGGACGUGUAGUUCCGGCAGCAGGCCGCCGAAGGAGACGCUGCACAGGAUAAAGAAAGGCCAUUAAAAUAGUCUUAAUUGGUCCUGUGGGUUGCUUUUUUUUCGACUUGGCGCGGGUGUUAAAAUGCCUGGGUUCACCUGCUGUGUCCCGGGCUGCUACAGCAACUCUCACCGGGACCGGGACUUACGCUUCUACACGUUUCCAAAAGACAACACGCUCAGGGAGCUGUGGCUGAGGAACAUCUCCCGGGCCGGGGUCAGUGGUUGCUUUAGCACCUUCCAGCCCACCACGGGUCACCGUGUCUGCAGUGUGCACUUCGUAGGCGGGAGGAAAACCUACACCAUCCGAGUACCGUCGCUUUUCCCUCUGAGAGGUGUGAACGAGCGCAGAAGUCGACGCGGAUGUUCCAAGAGGGUGUCUACAGCCGCUCCUGGAACCCCCGCCGCCGCUGCAGCCACCACCGGGAUUGUCAUCAACACCGUGCUGGGCAACACGGCCGAGGGCGCCGACGCCCUCGCCACCGGCGACAGCAUUACGGUGGUUCAGAUCGGCCAAAACGGAGAGUACAUCGGCACGGCGCGGCUGCCCGUGGCAACAGAGGGGUCGUACACCGCGCCCAUUGGCGACGCCAGCGAAUUAACCGCCGACGACUCCUCCGCUGACGGAAAGCAGCCGCCGGUGCAAUACGUCAGCGUCACCAGCAGCCCGCUGGACCACUCGUACUCGCUGACCACCGGCACCACGUCCACCGAGCUGCUGCGCAAACUCAACGAGCAGCGAGAUAUCAUUGCCCUCAUGGAAGUGAAGAUGAAGGAAAUGAAAGCCACCAUCCGCCAGCUCAGGGUGGUGGAGGCCAAGCUGCAGGAGGAGGUGCGGGAACGCGACCGGCUGCUGUGCGGCAACGCGGCGGCCCUGAAGAAGAUAUAAUAUACGAACUCGUCUAGACAUACGGACAGAGGAUGAGGAUUUGUACACAAAUAUUGUAUUUUCAACCAGUACAGAGCUGAUUUUCAUAGCCCUGGUGCGUAAAGAUGUCUAGUUGGGCAGUUGCAGAAAAGAUGACCUGUUGCGCAAUCGUUGUCACCAACUGCUAUUCCAUCCUCCGCAAACUCACAACUUUGCAUAUUGCAAAUAUAGACUAACAAUCAUGUCUGUCCGUCAGGAAGGUUACAUUCUUAAGAUUUGUUCUUUAUUUUUGUGAGUUGCUACAGGUCGCUGGCAUAUGGUAAACAAAAACACAUGGUUAGAGCUGCAACCGUUAAUCGGUUGAAUCGAUUAAUUCGAUGUAUAAUCUGUUGCUGUUAUUAAUCGUUUGAGUGUAAUUUGUAAAAAAAAAAAUCAUCCGGACCACAUUGGAGUGCCCUGAAAUUAAAUACAUGAUGUGAAAAACAAUGGAGCGCAUGAGAGUGGUGGCGUGUGCGUGCUGGAAUCUGUGUGGCGGAUAACAUCGUUUUAAAUUUUUUUAAAAUCAUUAAUUCAAACAAUGUUAAGCAUAUAUUUUUUAUUUCAACCAUUUCCCCUAGAACGCAUUGAGGCAAUAACUGUCUUUUGUCCAAUUACUCAAUUGAUCGAAGACAGUAAUCCAUAAAUUAGUGCACUUCCAAACAGUCGAUGUAUCUGAUGGCAAAACACCCUUUUGUGGCAUUCUUAAUGACAUCUAAAACAUAUCAGAGCCUUUUUUUAAAAAUUCGGGUGUGGUUGCAACAUGCUAACAUACAACUAGUUUCUACAAUGAGUGCGUGUGUUUGUGCGAUGGAUGCAUUUAAUGUGCUUGUUUGUGCUCGGAUGUUUCCAAACUCAUACAAUAGAAAUAUUAGUGACCGAUUUUCUCUGUUUCUCGCAACAUGUGCUCUAAAUGCACAAUAUGUUACAUGAACACAUUUCUGAUCUCUAGACUGACAUUUGUGCCCAGCUUUCACAUUGAAGUAAAUGCCAUUUUGAAAUA